AUGUUCGUCCCUCACUUGUGUACCAGCUUGCUCGUCCUCUUCUCUGUUUCUAGGCAGAUGCGAGGCAUUCUUUCUGGCUGCGUACCUUCCAAACAAGAAGAUCAAUGCCACGAUCCUGGUACGUCUACUUCUGGUCAAGCUGCUGGUGGAGGUAUUCUAGAGUCUAAGCGACUCGAAUUCAUUAUCGCCUAUCCCCCAUUUGCAAGUGUCAGCUCAAAGACCUGCGCCAAAACUUGCACUGAGCUUGCUAAAGGCUAUCGAACCGAACGACAGAACCAUUUUCAGGGUCCGCCUGUCCAACAUUUUUGUAACCUCGGUUGGUUCAAGUUCCUCUGGAGGUCUGAGGCAAUUGAAUUGCCUCCAGCCCUCACGAGCAAUAAGUGGUUGAUUCUUGAUAAAGUCAAGGAAAAGUAUGGGUUGACUUCCAAGAAUACCGUUGAUUUUCAGAGGACAAAUACGCAGUCCGAUCUGAUCGCUUCACUCGUGGCGGUUCUUUCCAGCACUUUGCCACCUUUAUUUUUGACUGAAAUGACAACUCCGCCUCGAGUCAUUGAACAGCCGGCGGGAGACGAAUUUCACUUCGCACGACGGCCUCCAAAGGACAAAGGAAAGGACAAAAAAAAGAACAAACAGGUCUGUGUUGAUCAGCGAAAUUCCCCGCAGUCCAAUGUGGGUACUUCGACUGGGUGUUCGGUAAAGUCCACAAUGUCAAGGACUUUGGCACUUCAGAACCUCCCUCAGACGGCGGAGACCUUUUUGCCAUGGGUACUCAACAGAAUGCGAGAUCACACAUCAGAUGGACCUGUACCCGUUCUAUGCAAAUGCGAAAUUGGCAUCAUCGUUGAAGACUUUCAUCAUCAUGAUGAGUGUGAAGCCUGGGCUUUCGCUACGCUAUUCCAGCAGCAGAACUCUUGGUUCCUUGUGAGUCCUGCUGGCACUGGCAUAGUGCAAGAAGGUGACUCGGGCGAGUUUAGUCAAGAGCGCGUAAGCGUCGAUGAAAGUCAAAUUUUUCGCUGGCGCUCUCCCUUGGUUUGCGGUGAGUCCUUCCAGCUUUUCGCAGCUGAGAGUAUUGGUCCUGCUGUGCCAAGACCUCUCCAUCAUAAGGAGUAUCCUGAGUAUGGCACUGACGUCUAUGAGGCUUUCAAACGCCAUACAAGUUUAGUGGCUUGGGACAACUUGAUUCCCGACCAGGGAAUGGUAUCGGCACCAGAGUCUGCCACCCAAGAAGAUCUUGAAGCGAUCUCCAGGGCAGUGAGAUAUCUGUGA